AUGAUAGAACUGAAGCUCAAGGUGCAAAAGCUCGGGUCGUUAGUGACUGAAGAAACGGUAAAGAAAGACUCAUGGAGCUCUCAUCGGAAGCAGAGCUGGGAAUCGCGCUGCUUGAAGGCGCAAGAGACGAAUGCAGGCUUGCUGGGACCGCGCCUUGCUGGGCGCUACAGGCGGCUACUUGUCAAUUGCGACCCUGUACUUCUAUUUCAAGAAAUUGAGAAGGAGUACAAUGCUGGCAGUGCAGCCAAGAACGACAUUUUGAUCAAGGGCGCUAUGUUCGCACGCAAGCUGACCCGCGGGGAGCGCGUCGACACCUACAUGGACGCUGUGAUGAAGUUGCAAGAAGACCAACAACGAGCUAGUUGCGGCUCGGCUGAAACGAACUGUGCUAGGGUGCGCGGGCGACUCCUCGCAAGAGAACAAGAAGAAAAUAUGCGCGGGCCU